GCACUGUGGCACCAUCACAGCUUCAACACCGAGGCGAGAAGAAAACAGCUCUUCGCACACGGACGACAGCCAAUCAGCGGGCUGGUUUCUCUUCAGCAUCUCGGAGGGGACUUUCACCGUCUGCAGACUCGAGCUCAGGCAGCGGGGAGGAAGGACACUUCAAGACUCCGCGACGCACAAUUAUGGUUUUGUGAACUUGACAAGGAGAGGUGGAGGAUUACAUCAUCACCAGCACAAAGAGAAAACAAAAGACAGCUAAUCCAAGCACUGCACAGAAGGAACCACAUUCCCACACAAGCAUGGCAGACCAGAAGUAAGUGUUUAGAAGUCAUGUUAUGAGCCUUCACUUCACAUUUUGUGUGUAAAUUACAAAUAUCCAUCUGCUCUCUUGGUUCUUUAAAUGUGCGCCUUCUGAAUUCCACAGAGAUCUAUUUAUAUCUUUCAUCACUGUGCCAGAACACGCAAGACAUCUGUCCAUUCACAGGCAGUGCGAGCACAGAACCGCACCUCUUUAGACUCUAAUCUUGCUUCGUAACACAGAAGUACUUUACAAAAAAAGGGACAGCCAAAAACAAAUGAGCAAGUUGUGUCUUGACCUCCAGGUAUGACGCACUGUUUACUUUCUGCAGAAGAGUUUGUCCUCCAGAACAGGGCUGGAUCAGAGGUUUAUCUGCCAAAAACCCUCUUUUUCCUCCCAGAGUACAGGCUGUGAUUAAAUGUCCUUUUCUCUUGUAUUUGUUCUUUUUUUAUCAACUCCAUUAGCUUUUCCUGUAAAUCUUGAUUAAUGAAUUUAAUGCUGCUGCUUGAUGUACAGCCAAUAGGACCCCUUGUAUUCUGAAUAUUCAGUUAUGUCGUUGGAAAGUGUGGCUACAUUUCCCAUUACAUCACCUCAACUGAAAACUGCCAUGUACGCGUCGAACAUCACAUGGAUGGUCAGAUGAUGUUGUGUUUCCCCCCCCCCAUCAGAGACAACAUAGACGACUUUAAAGUCCAGACAGCCAAGCAUCCUAACUUGGGCUCGGCACCUUUACGGCAGCACAGUGAACAGUCUAAAGACCGGGCGUCCAAAAGGCUUUCAACUGAGUCUAAUGGGACCAGUGACGGAGGUGUGGGCUCGUCCACACCAGUGGAGGUGACCGCUUUGGAGGAGUCUUUUCGCCGCUUCGCCAUCCACGGUGACACUCGCGCUACAGGCAAGGACAUGCACGGCAAGAACUGGUCCAAGCUCUGCAAGGACUGUGGCGUGAUUGACGGCAAGAACAUCACCCUCACUGACGUGGACAUCGUCUUCAGCAAAGUCAAGAAGAAAUCCUGUCGCGCCAUCACAUACGACGAGUUCAAGGUUGCACUCAUAGAUCUGGCAAAGAAGAAAUAUAAAGAAAAGACUGGAGAGGAGGCCGAGGCCGAGGUCUUCAAGCUGAUUGAGGGGAAGACACCGGUCAUCGCAGGAGUCACGCGAGCCGUGGCUUCCCCGACAGUGAGCCGUCUGACGGACCCCACCAAGUUUACAGGGUCACACAAGGAGCGCUUCGAUGACACCGGCCGCGGGAAGGGUAAGGCGGGACGAGUGGACAUGGUUGACACUUCCGGAUACGUCUCGGGGUACAAACAUCGAGGGUCAUACGAAAAGAAAGUGAAUAAACCCACCGAGGGCAAACCCAUGUGAGGGCGAGGAUAAGGAAAUGAACAUUUGAUCAACUACUAGGAUAGUUUUCUAUUAAAAGAGUACUCAAAGAAAGCACAAAGUAAUAGGAUUUCAUACAUUUCCUCAGCCAUCUAUUGUGUGUGUGUGUGUCUGUGUGCGUGUAAGAGAGAGAUGUUUUUGAGUUCCUCUCUUUGAGAAGUGUGAGAACUGGAAAACUGUUUACAUCUAUUUUUACAAUGUCAUCACCCGCUGGUACAUUCCUGUCUGAUUGCAAGUUACUGCCAAACACUGAAGAGAACAAAUGAGAGAAACCUAUGCUAUGAAUAUUGAAGAAGCUUUGUUUUUAUGAUAGGGCCUUAUAAUAUUUAUUGAGCACAAUGAACAACAUGCCAAGAAAAACAAAAGCGGGACAACAGUUUGAUGAAUUAACAACAUUGCACUUUUUUUAAAUGGAAUUUUUUCUAUUCCCCUAUUUAGCCGAAUAAAUGCAUUUUUAAUUUGUUUUGCAGAGUUUCAAUGAGAAUUGGCUGAGAACCUUUUCUUUUGAAAACUUAAAAUUGUUCCAUCUUCAGUGUUAAUUGUCUGUCGGCCAUCCCCACCCUGUCAACUGUUAUUAAGUCUUAAAAGAAAAAUCAGCUGUUUUCUUAUUUUAUAAGCUCACACUGUUAUUUGAAUAAUUUGCCUUCAGCUCAAACCAAGAAAAUAUAUUAAGGGUUGUGUCAACUAGUUUUAAGUUUUUUGCAAAUAUACAAUGUAGUUAACUGUUCAUUUUUUACUUUUGCCAUAUCUUCUUACUUUUGUGAAUAUGUGAAACAAAAAAACUCCUUCCAUGCAAACCUUUUAAAUAUACCUGCUUAUAAUACUUCAACAAAAAAAAAAAAAAAUAUGAGUCUAGGAGAAUUUUCUCACAAACCAUUUUUGCCAACAUGCAUUUUGAAUUUUAAAUUGGUGUAUUCAUCUUAAGAAGGAAACUCUUUCCACAGUCGAUGAGCUCAGUUGUACAAGAUUGUAUUUUUAACAUUUUACUUAAAUUUCCUCAUCAGAUUUCUAUACAGUAGUUCUAAUAUAUGUGUGGUAAGAUUGUGUAUAUUCUAAAAGGUUAAAGCCACAUGGCUUGAUUUAUGACACUGGCUUCAUAUGUUGUUGUUUUUUCCUGUAUUGCUGUACUUUGUGCAUGUUUAUGUAUAUUGCAUUUGAUUCAGAAGCAAAUAGCUGACAGUAGUAGUUUGUCAUAUCUUAUCUGAACUGCUGUGAGAACAGACUACUGGACACACUUCAAUAUUUUAUUGCUAAGUGAUGAAAUUGUGAGGUUAUGAUUAAAUCUUGUAUUGCUUUGAAAUCAAUAUGUAUCAACUUGUACAUACAAAGUCAGCUACGCUCCAAUGCUAUAAUAUUUGUCUGUUGGUAAAGAUUUAGAGUACCUGUUAUGUGUGGUACUGUCAUCCAAGGCACAAAUUCAAAUGAAAACAAAAGCAGGGUUUUACUGUUGUAUCCCUACAUACUGUACGAGAUAAAAGAAAACAAUAACAAGUGACAUACUUUUGUAGAAUAUUUUUCCAACAUAGUGACAGUGUUUGUGUCACAUGCCACCUGUAGCCUCAGCUGAUGAAGAAUCAUGCAUUAAGUGCAAAACUAGCAGCUGCGUGUGUUAGUUUCUGUCUGCUGCAGUUGCUUGAUCUGUUUUCUGUGCUUUAUGCCAAAUACUGUGCACCUUUAAUGUGGAGGAACAAUAUUGUCUUUUUGUUUUUGUUUUUGAAAUAACUUUUAAUGUACUAUAGUGCCCCGGCAUGCAGUGUGUUUUUGUUCUUGUUCUUUAGACCUCUUAAUGUGUGUUCAUGAUUUGUAGUGCAUUAACCUAAAAUAAAAAGAAACACCUCCGAA